UAUCCGUACUGUGCAGCUACAGGGCCAGAGACUGUCUGCACCUCCUGUUUGUUCCUGAAAGAUUCCAUGAUGAAUGCCAUCAGGUGUUCCGUUGUUAGCCGUCAUUUCAUGGGUCUUACGAAGAGUUCAUCUUCUUGGCCCUCAUGCUCCAACUUCUUGAAGUUGAAAACAAAUCAGUCAGUUGCUGUGAGCUGCAGUGGUUGGGGUGCCAUUUACACAUCCAUACGUUGCAGCAGUCAUCAAACCGAGACAGUGGACUCACUGGGCUUUUUAGCUGAUCUGAAGGCUCAAGGAAAAUACAUAGAUGUAACAUGGAAGGAUUCCACAUCUAGUCGGUAUUACAGUUUGUGGUUGCGGAAAAACUGUCAUUGUCCAGCCUGUCGUCACGACAAUGGACAGUUACUGCUACCAAGCUUUUCCUUGCCUGCGUCGCUUACCGUCAAAUCAACUAAGGUGGAUCCCGCGAACGGUAGCGGUACCCUGCUCAUUGAGUGGAACGAGGAGUCCCACCAGACCACCCUGCCCCUCUGCUGGCUGAAGGAGAACAGCUAUUCCAGGCCAGCACUCCAGCAAGCCUCCCAUAAACAAGACGUCACUGUAUUCAAGGGUCCCAUUAAAGAGUUCAAUAUUCAAGACAUUACAGCUGUUGGAGACAAGGUCAACAGAUUCUUUAAAGAUUUGAAUGAAGAUGGAGUUGUACUUGUCAAAGGCGUGCCUAUUGAAAAGCACCAAGUCUGCAAGGUUGCAGAAAUAAUUGCUCCAGCCCAACACACGCUCUAUGGAAAGACUUUUAGUGUGGAGGCAAAAGAGGAUGCCAUCAACGUUGCCUAUACACCUCAUGCCCUGGAACUGCAUAUGGAUCUCGUGUAUUACCAGUCGCCACCUGGACUGCAGCUGCUCCACUGUCUACGCUUUGACGAGCAGGUGAUGGGAGGAGAAAGUGUCUUCUUAGACACAAUCCACGUGGCUCAAGAAAUGCAAUGGCACCAUCCAGACUUGUUUGAUACGCUCACCAGAGUCCCUGCCACCUUCCAAAAAUUUCAUUUCGAGAGGGAGACACCAGCAGCAUUCAGAUACCAGCGACCUCAUAUCACAGUCAACAGAGAGGGAAAGAUUACCUCCGUGAUUUGGUCCCCUCCAUUUGAAGGCCCUCUCAAGGUUCCCGAGGAGGAUGUUGCACCGUACUUUGAGGCAUACAGAAAAUUUGCUGAACUAGUGAAUACUUCAGAGCUGCAGUUCAGUCACAGAUUACAGCCUGGGGACUGUGUCAUCUUCAACAAUCUACGCAUCCUCCAUGCAAGAAAUGCUUUCACUCUGAAUGGAGGCAAGAGACAACUCAUGGGGUGUUACAUCAACAUUGAUGCCUUCAAGAAUCGAGUGCAGGUGGCGCACAUACAAUCUGGGUCUGAAGAAAUUGCCAAGAGAGUAAACAACGGAGACUAUUCCUAGUCACCACUGCCUUGUUCCCAGUUAUGAAGGCAAGCUAUAUGCAUUCUGUCUUUUUACCUCAGUGAAUGUUGGAGCUGUCCUUGGCAAUUUCACAGAAAGUUUACACGGACUAAUCACAUCAGGGAUAGAAGUAUGGGUAUUUCACCAGUAGAUGUUGCAGUAAUGACGUAAUAAUGUUGUUAUCAGGUAUAAAAGCCACUGAAAAGUGACUAUCCUGACUGGAAUGACACCUUGACUUCACAGUUGGGACAGAAGUAGACACUUCCCAGGGAAACAUUUUUGUCAGAUUUUUUCUCAUUGGACUUUGCUUCUAGGAUUAUCACAAUUUCUUAUUUUAGAUGCUUGUACCAAAAGACCUUUCAUUAAUGACAGUUGCUAAUCAAGCCUCUGCAGGUUGUCACUGUAUUUCGAGGCUGUCCUUAGCCGUCCACAGCCACGGCUUUGUGUGAGGAUUAGUGCAUACCACACAUACAGUCUAGUCACCAUAAAGCUGCUGGUUCAAUGGGGCCUGCUGCUGGACAAAGCUUUGCAUACUGGGCAUACCACAGCCCAGCAUUCACAGUCAAAAUAAUCCAGGCUUGAAGGGGUUAAACCUGCCAAAAUGUUUCUUGUGGUUCCUUAGGCCUACCUUAGUUUUUGUUCUGUGGACUAGCUCAGGAUAAGUUUUUGUGUGUGUUCUUUUCUUGUCUGAUCUGUUUUAUUGUUUCUUAGCCUGUCUUGACUUGGGUAAUUAUUUGUCUUUUAAUUAGGUUAAUUAUAGAUUUGUUGUUUAACCUCUUUAAUUCUUAUCUAUUCUUGGGUAAUUUAUCUGGGAUGGAAGUAUUUUGAAUGCAUUUUUCUAAUUUUAUUUUUUGUGAAAUUGAUUGUAAUUCAGCUGUUUGGCUGCAAAAGUCUAUUUUUGAUAAACCGUUUUAUAAUAUAACAUUUUAUAAUAAUAUGAUUUGAACUUCACUCAUUUGAGUCAUCUGUUAUGAAUAUUAGAUAAGGCAACUUGUUGGCAUCAUUACUUGCUACAGCACAGACUUGUGACUUGUAUAAGUAGAAGGUUUUUUGUAUCAGGAAACCGAUAGAUGUAUCAGGGUGAGCACAUUCCCAUGUGUAAAAGGCAUUAGCACAAGAUUCAGUGCAUGAACCAAUAUGCUUGCGUACUCCAUUCAUUUUCACUGCUCUACCUGGUGCAAAAUGAUCUUGCACUUUGAUACCCUACAAGUAGAUGUCUCUCAUUGGACUCUCCCAUAGGAAAAUUGCAAUGUGUAUUCAAUGCCACCAGGUGUGCGUAUGCCCAGAGUGCAAAUGUUCUGUGCGUGCAUGUUGAUCGAAAUCUUGAAAUACAGCACAGCUGAUGGGCAUCACAAAAAUUUGACAUCCAAAAUGAUGAUGCAUGUGGCAGUCAGUAGGAAGGGGUGUCAGUGGAGUGACCUGUAAGAAAUUCAGGGUGCCUAUAAACUGUAGAUUUAAAUUGGAGGUUUAUCCAUACUUUGUGGAGGUUAGAUAAGGAGGCACUUUUCUGCACUGAACACCUGCUGCAUGUUGUGUCUUCCUGUUAAUGAAUUCUUUCCCUUGUGUGGCCCCUUCCAUGCCUGAUGAUUGUAAUGGGGACUUUCAUCAUGCUGUGAAUGGUAUAUUUUGGCCGUCUAGAGAUGCACUUGUGCUAUUUCCACGACUAUGUUCUCAUUGGCUUUUCUACAUAGUACGAUAUGCAAAGGAGGCUUUGUUUUUCUACCUCUUUUUUUCUCUUUUUUUUUUAGGUUUCUUGUCUUCUUCUUGGUCUUCCAGCACUUAUUCUCGUCACCUCUUUGGGCAUUAAACAAAGUCAUAUGACUUUGUAACUUUACACUGAAAGCAAGGGAAACAUGAUGUCAUGAUGAUGUCAUCACCUGAUUUAUUAUGGAAUUUUUAAUAU